AUUACCACAAAAAAACUGGUUGAUGAUAUCUGGAACUUCAUACGAAUUCACACAUUUGCUCUUUUUAAUAUUUUAAUUGGAGCACAACUUCAUUAUGUCGAAGUCUAUAAAACUGUUUUACGAUUUCGCAUCGCCCUACUCCUAUAUAGGAUUUGAGCUUGCAAAGCGUCUAACAACUGCUUGGAAAGUUGACCUUCACUUGAGACCGAUGCUGCUUGGUGGAAUAUUUAAGAAACUGAAAUCAGCUGCACCUUCAGACCCUAAAAAGGUGUACACAGAUAUUGACCUUAAAAGACUAUGUCGUUAUUAUCAUAUACCUAUGGUUGACAAUCGUGCAUUUUUUGUUCAAGUUGCAAUCUUUAAGGGAACUUUAAUACCGAUGAGGUUCAUUACAGCCAUUGAUAUGAAGAAGCCAGAUAUAACAGAACAAGUUUCAAGUGCAAUAUAUAGAGCAUUCUACGUAAAAGAGCAAGAUAUUAAUGAAAUUGAUAUUCUAAGAAAAGCAGCUCUCAGUUGUGGAUUAGAUGCACAAUUCGUUGAUCAAUGCGUCUCCGACAUGACGAGUGAUCCUGUUAAAAAUCGACUUAGAAAUUUUACUGACGAAGCUUUAGAUUCGGGUUGUUUCGGUGCGCCUUGGUUCGUUAUUAGGGAUGAAAGGAACGUUGAUCAUAGCUUCUUUGGUUCAGAAAGAAUUAACGUGAUGGCUGACAUUCUGGGUAAAGAAUAUCCAGGACCAAUAAGGCAAUCAACCCUAUAA